CCGUAUUGAAGUUUGGCAAAUGUUUUUACUCUUCAUUUUGGCCUGUGGCAGUGGAAGCAGAACAACAAGCAUCAUCACUCUUACGUACUAUACUGAGGGUGGGGUGGACUUUGAGCGUUCAAAGCACUGUCUGUGCCGCCCUGUCCACAGACAGAGCCCAGCUAAGGGUAUAAAAGCCCCGUAGCUGAAGCUGAGAAAUUAGUCUCAACUGAGUACUCGCCAAUACCAAAGGAGAGAGCUUCAACGAACCCAUCAUGGGGGACUCAAAGCUCUGCCUUUUGCUGCUCCUCAGCACAUCUGCCUUGGCUUUUGCCCAAGAGGAAGAUCAGCCAGCCUGCCUGCUGGCCCAAAGGUACAAGACCUUACACAAGUAUGAAUACCGGUAUGAAGCUGAAUCUUUGAAUGCCAUCAACGGAGCCUCACAGCUCAAGAACGGACCCAAGGCCUCUUGCACGGUUGAAAUUGAAGUGCCUCAGACAUGUAGUUUCAUCAUCCGCACCACUGGCUGUAGCCUGAGCGAGGUGGUCGACAUGGACGCAGAGGGCAACCCUGUGUUCAGUCCUGCACCCAGCUCUGAUGCCUUUGCUGCUGAAAUGGAGAGAUAUCCUCUAAAGGUUGUGGUUGAGGGUGUGUACGAUGUUAAACUUUACCCCGAGGACGGUGAGACAACAACCAUCCUGAACAUCAAGAGGGGUAUCAUCUCUGCCCUGGCUGUACCUCUACUGGAAGAAGAUAUGAGAACAAAAUCAAUAUUUCAGCCCACUAUCCAUGGCAAGUGCCAGACCGAUUACAAAGUCAACGCGAGAGAGGAUAUUGCAACUGACAUCAGCCUCACCAGGGACCUGUCCAGAUGUGACAAAUUUGUCCCAAUGAGAGAUCACACCAGCCCACUGGCACUUAUCUCUGGCAUGCACUACCCUCUUGCCCAGCUGGUAAGAAGCUCCCAGUCCUGCAACUACAAGUUUGACAAUGAGAAAAAACACAUGACCUCUGGGUCUUGCACAGAGAACCACAUCCUCAUUCCCUUCUCUCACAAGGGAGAGUAUGGAGUUACCAACGUUGGAAAGCAAGAACUGACUCUGGUUGAGGUUUCUCCUCACAAUGAAAGAGUCUUUGACCACAGUGACAUUGUCAAGGGUCUUCACAUGGAGGCUGUUGAGGACAAGAGUGCUGUCCAGGAUAAAGAUGCAGGUCUGAACCUCCUGAGAGAACUGGCCACUCUGCCCGAGACCGAGGGUGAGAGGAGGGCCCACCUCUUCCACAACAUUGUCACCAUGGUCCGUGGAAUGAAGACUGACACCCUUAGUCCUGCCAUUCCUGAAGCUCUUGCAGUGUCCCCUGUCCUGACCUAUCAGGUCUUGGCCCAGUGUGGAACCCCUGAGUGCAGCAGUGCCAUCAUGCAGAUCCUCAGGACUUUUGAUACCUCCUCAGUCGAGGUUGAUGCCGGUGUUUUUGCUAUGGGACUCGUAUCCAAUCCUUCUGCCCUCUUGAUCAAUGACAUGCUUGAGAUGGCCAAAUACAAGCCCAGCAAGCCCAUCAUGUAUGCCCUGAGCAAUGUUGUCAAGAGGUUUUACAAAGCUGAGGGAAAACUGAUCCCUGAGAUUCACUCUGUUUCUGAGUUCAUGGCUGCCCAGUUGGGUGACUGUUCUGGUGACAACGACAAAACCUUUAUGACACUGAGAGUUAUUGGAAACAUGGCUCCAGCUCUGGUAUCUGCUGGCCCCGCACUCAGAUCUGCUGUCAUCCAGUGUGUGAACCAACCUGCUGCUUCCCUGGCUGUGCAGCAGGCUGCCAUCCAAGUGUUCAGGCUGACUCCCGUCCCUGAGGAGGGUAGAGAGAUUCUCAUGCAGGUGCUUUUGGACAGUGCCAGCCCCAUGCAAAAGCGCAUUGCUGCUUAUCUGGUACUUAUGAAAGACCCCCAGCCCACUGAACUGGCCCAGCUGGCUAAUGCCUUGCCCAAUGAGCAGGACAAACAAGUCAAGAGCUUUGUGAUCUCCCACAUUACCAAUAUUUUGUCCUCAACUGAGCCAGAGACCCAAGAAUUGAGACAGAAGAUUCGUGAUGCCCUGCAAGGUAAUGAGGUCGGGCCCACCAUGGACCCCAUUAAGUUCUCUCGCAACUACAAGAUCGGAUCUGUGGAGGGUAACAUGAUCUUUGAGGGUACCAGCUACCUGCCCAAGGAAGUCAUGCUUGAAAUGACUCUGAAGGCAUUUGGCUAUGACAUUGACAUGAUGGAGAUUGGUAUGGAGGGCAAAGGAUUUGAGCCAACUGUUGAUGCCCUGUUUGGAACGAAUGGCUUCUUCCCUGACACUGCCCUAAAGACAAUGUACUUUGUUUCUGACAACAUGCCACUCAAAGUCAAUGAGAUCCUGCAGAACAUGCUGCCUGCUCUGAAAAAGGAUAGGAUGAAGAGACAGGCCUCCCAGAACCUGAUGCGGGAGAUUGGACGCAACCUCAACAAACUCGUGAGGGAAAUGAAGACGGCACAGUCUCCAGAGGCAAUGGUUUAUCUGAGACUUUUAGGAAAUGAGCUGGGAUAUCUGACGACCAACGAAAUGGAAGAGAUGAUCUACUCUGCUGCCAUGAUGUUUGACAGCAUGUUCAAGAUGUUCCCUACUGAUAUCAUUAAGGCACUGAUGACCAAGGCUGACAACACAUUCUUUGCCCACUACAUCUUUAUGGACAAUGAAUUCUUCCUGCCUACUGUCACUGGGGUGCCUCUGAGGAUUGCACUGUCUGGUACUUUCACCCCUGGCAUUAAGGGUGGACUUCAGAUUGCUCGUGACAUGAGUGAAGUGACCUUCAUGCCCUCUGCUGGCAUUGAGUUUGUAUCGCAAAUUGGGUCCCACAUCCCUGAAUAUGUCAACUCUGGAUUAGAGAUACACACCGACAUUUUCCAUGAAAGUGGCCUUAGUGCCAAGAUCUCCAUGGAACGUGACAAUGUGAAGCUGACCAUUCCUGCUCCAACCAGUCCUACUAAGCUCUUCCAAAUGACAAACACCCUGGUGGCAGUGACUGGAUCACAGGUGAAGACCAUUCCCUCUAUGGUGAUGGAUAAGGUUGAUGUUAGCGAGUGCACUCCCUUCUUUGCUGGAAUGAAAUACUGCACUGCUCUGCAGUACACUGAUGCUUUCUCUCAGGAGACAGCCCCCUACUUCCCCAUCACCGGAGACAGCAAAUUUGCUGUGGAGCUCCAUCCUACUGGUGAAGUCACUGAGUACACAGCCACUGUUGCCUAUGAGCUCCUCAAGGAGGGAGAGGAGGGCCGGCAGAAGGUUGACUCUGUGAAGUUUGUUCUGAGGGCAGAAGGUUCAGCUCCCACUGAAGCCAGAGCAAUCAUGAAAUAUAACAGAAGAAAGAAUGUCAUCACAGCGGACAUCCAGAUCCCUGACUAUGAUGUGGAGGCUGGAGUCAGGCUGGGUGUUGUCGAUGGAAACACCAAGGGCAAAGGAACUCACUCCAUCUCUCUUGACUUCAUAAACAAGAACAUCCCUCAGCUCUCCCUAGUUGGCCGUGCCAAUCUGAAGGCCAUGAAGGAAGGUAUGCUGCAAGUCCAACUUCUUGUCCCUUCAUUCAAUGCUGAUGCCACCGUCACAGCUAACAUGAAACGUGAUGAAGAAUUGGAAUUGGAGGUUAAGAGUGAAAUCAAGGUCAUGGACGCCACCUCUGAGCAGAAAAUCACAAUGAAAUAUGAUGCCAGCAAGUUUGAGGUUGAACUCAAGUCAGAUGUGAACACUGAGACCACCAGCCUGCCAAAUGCUGAUACUGUUGAGAAGUAUGGCAACCAAAUUCUUGACAUGGAAAUGGGGCAGACUGACAUGAAAGUCCGUCAUAUCUUCAAGAAGUUUGUGGAGGCAGCAAACAAUUACAUGGAAAAGUAUGGGGCUGAUAUCCCUUACAUUCAGAACUUCAGAGUGCCUGAUAUGCCUGAGAUUUCCCUGCCAGAGACACUGUUCCUCAAUACUGAGGCAAAGGCUGUCUACUACUUCAACAAUGAGCGCUUCACCAUUGCUAUCCCUCUCCCUCUUGGAGGAAGGUCAACAGAAGAGCUUAACUUCCCACCAGCUUUAACCACACCUAGCGUGUCUCUACCUCUGUUUGGACUGGAGAUUGUCUCCAUACAAAUUCCCAUCCCAGAGCUUGUUGUCCCUGAGAGCCUUACUCUGUCCAUUCCUCUUUUUGGCAAAGCUGAGGUUUCAACUCUGAUGAAGAGUAACCUAUAUGACAUGGAAGCCUCAAUGGCUGCCGGCAAAGAUGUUGUGGAGACACCAAGCUACUCAGCUAAAUUUGAUGUGAAAGGAACCUCCCCACUUGACAUCCUCUCAAUAAAGAUUGAAGGCUCUGGAAUGUUGGCCACCACUGAUUCCAUCAAAGCCCAAUUGAAAAGCUCUUUGGCCCAUAAAUUCCUUGAAGCCAGUAUUAGUAUAGUUGAGGAUGCAACCAUCACAGACAAAAUCAAUUUGAAAUCAAGCAGCAAGAUUGAAGCCACAAGUCCCUUUGGUCUCAAUAUUGCAUUAGAGCACACUGGUAUAACUGGAUUCAACACUGAAGAAAUAUCUGGUGAAAGUAACUUUGACGGAAAAUUCACGGCUGGACCCAUGUAUGGCAAGACCAUUUCAACCCAGUCAUUUGCCAUCUUCCCACUUAGGCCAGAAGCAAAGAUUGAUUCUACUGUUCAGUUUGAUUCCACCAUCAUUAAGGCCCAGAACACAAUUGCAGCAACCUAUGCCAAUGGUGAAUUCUCAGUUGUGUCUAACACCAAUGCCUUUGAAGACAUCUUGACCCAUGUUGCUGAGCUUUCCUUCAAAGACAGCAAGCUGUCACUGAAAUGUGAUGCAAAUGCCCUUGCUCUCGGCAUGAAGAUCCGCAACCAGGCUGAAGCCUCUGCUGGAGCUGGUGAAGUCGUCAUGAGAAUGGAGACAAAUGCAGACCACUCUGAAAACCGUGUUUACUCUUUGCUGACUGUCUAUUUUGAUGUCAAUGGUCUGGCUGUAAACAGUGAUGCCACCAUGAAGCUUUUUGAGAAUGAGGCUACACACAAGGCAACUCUGAAAAUGAACAAGGAUGGUUUGACCACAAGUGGAACAACCACCCUCCAAAGCCCCCUUUCCCUGGAAAACACCUUCAAUGCUGGGCUUGAUGCUUCAAGUGCUACUCUGUCUUUUACCAACAAGGCUGCAAUGCAUGACAUCAAGGUUGAUAAUGCCAACACUCUGACCAUUACUCUCUCUAGUCUUGACUUCAACUCAAAGGCUGAAGCCUCUGCCAGUGAGUAUGCCUCUUACACUCAUGAUAUCACCAUCGACCUAAAACCCUACACUGCUUCUGCAAAUGUUAAUAACAACUUGAAACUUCUGGCGGCCAACUUCAUUAAUGAGGCUCAGCUGCAGGCAGAGCUUUACAAGAUGGACCUGACUGGAAGCCUGAAAGCAAUCUAUGGUGCAGAAGAGAUUAAGCACACCUAUCAGGUAAACUAUGCUGAUAUGACAGCUAAUGCAAAAUGCAGCACCACUGGAAAACUCCUUGGAACUCACAUGAGCCACAACACCGAGCUUGAAGUUGUCGGUCUUGCUGCCAGGAUCACCAACGAUGCCCGUUUCAACUCACAGCCAAUGCGCUUUGACCACACCAUCCGUUGCAGCAUUGUUCCUUUUGAUUUCAACCUUGAUGCCAUUUUUAAUGCUGAUGGAGACAUGACCAUGUAUGGAAAGCACAGUGCCCAGCUCUAUGGCAAGUUCCUCCUUAAAGCGCAGCCCCUGGCUUUUGCUAGCUCACAUGAAUGCAGAGCAUCAGUAAACCAGCAGCUAGAUAGCGGUUUUGCUCUUGAGACCACAAUUGACAACAAGAUGGAUACUGUUCUGUCACUCCAAGAGCAGAAAAGCAGUUUUAGAAUGAAGUCUAAAAUUAAUGAGCAUGCCUUUAAUCAGGACAUGAGUGUUUAUAACACUGCUGAGAGAACUGGAAUUGAGGUUUCUGGCACCAUCCUCACAAACAUGCUCAAUGCAGACUCCACGGAGACCCAGGAAUUCACCCUCUCUUCAUUCCUCAAGUAUGACAAGAACACAGAUAGUCAAAUAAUUCAGUUCCCUCUAAUCGAAAAUCUGCCUGCCUUCUUGGAAAGCAUCAAGGGCGUUGUUGUCCGUGUUGCAGAGGCACUGCAAGACUACAUAAAAGAUGAGGAGAUUAGGGCUAAACUUGAGGCUCUUCCCCAGUAUGUAAGUGACCUUGUUUCUCAACUCAACAUAGAAGGCAAAGUCAUUCAGCUGAAACAGUAUUUUGAUGAUUUUACCCAAGCAUAUGUCAUCUCCAUGGAGGAUGUUGAAGCCUCUUUGAGAAUCCUUAAGGUUACUGUUGAGAAACUGCUGGCUGAUCUUACAGUUUACAUCCAACACUUUGCUGGUAUGGUAAAAGAGUUCAUUGUUAGUGAAACCCUGAUUCAGAAGAUUCAGGAACAGCUGAAUGACAUUUACGAGGAGUAUGACAUCCAGGCAAUGGUUGUGUAUGUGAUUGACACCAUGAAGGAGAUGAUCCAGCAGAUUGACUUGGAAAAACUUAAGGGCAGCAGCAUAGCAUUCCUGCAUGAUAUUGAUUCCAAAUAUGAAGUCAAGGCUAAACUACAAACAAUCAUGAGUGAUAUGAAACAAAUAAUUGAGACCUUUGACAUGCAAAAAUAUGUUGUUGUGGUGAAGGAGUUCAUUUCAUCCAUCAACUUUAAUGCUCACAUUGAAGAACUAGUGAGUCAGAUUCCAUUGAGUUUCAACGAUAUGACAGAUUACAUUAAGGAAAUGAUUCAGGAUCUUGACAUCCUAGGUAAGAUCAAUACAUUCUAUGCCAAGAUGAGAGAGUUGAUUGUAAAGUUUGAGGCUGACAAAAAGGUGCAGGCUGUCUUGGAAAAGGCUGUUGAGCUCAUCAAGCAAUUUAAAAUUGAGGAAACUUUUAGGGCUGUAGCCAACAUGGUGAAGGAUGCAGACAUCCCUACCAAAUUCAUGCAAGUUUUCCAGGGUGCUAUCAACUACUUGAAAACAACUGAGAUUAAGGAUAUAAUUCAACAGCUGAAUAUGUAUAUUGAAACAAUUGUGCAAAAGCUGAAUUCACUGGAUUACAAUGAUUUUGUGAAUCAUGCCAAUCAAAUAAUUGCUGAGUACACAGUUUACGUGAAUGAACUGAUCAGGACUCUUGAAAUUCCCCAGAAACUUGAGGCAACAAGAGACUUUGUCAACCUUGUUUUAUUCUCUGUUAGAGGCUUUAUGGAAAGCCUGAGAGAAAUCAAAAUUGCAGAAAUGAUUAAAUCUGUAAAGGAUAUCAUUGACCAAGUUGUGCUUGACAGUGUUAAGAGAUUUGCCGAAUUUAUAAAACAGGGAAUUACAGAUCUGGAUAUCAAACAUGAGAUAACCUAUUAUCUUGAUUUUGUGUGUGAAUACUAUAAGAGGGCCAUCACCAUAGUCACUGAUAUGUUCAACAAUAUGGUUGAGAUGAUUAAGAACAUGGCCCCUGAGCAAAAAAUUAUCAGCGAGAUUCAGCAGAUCAUUGAAGGGCUCAUUACUGAACUUAAGAAGGCCGAGUUGAACAUGCCAUCCUUCAUCAUUCCUCUCACUGAUCUUGUUGUGCCUUCUGUGAAAUUCAGCAUGGAUAUGCUUGAACAGUUUGAAAUCCCAACACAGCUAGAUAUCCCUGAGUUCACCAUCCUGGGCUUCUAUACUGUGAAAUCCACCACAAUUUCCUUUGAUGACAUCAAGCAGAGAAUCAUUGAAAUUAUUGAUUACAUUGUAAACUUUGAGAUCAAAAUGUUUGAUGUGGAGGCUUUCUUUGGAGACCUGUCCCUGAACUACCUUCCUUCCAUUCCUGAGAUGACCUUCCCAGUAAUCGCCCUUCCUGAGAUUGCAUUCCCUACCAUUCCACAAGUUCCUGUAGAAAAGCUUGUUAAGUCUCUUCAGGUUCCUGAGAUCACAUUGCCAACCAUACCAAAUCAGAUCAUGGUCCCAUGCUUUGGUAAACUCUAUGGUGAGAUCAAAUUCCUAACUCCCACCUACACCGUCAAGACUUCUGCUGAGUUCCAGAACUCCACUGAGAGUGAAACGACACCUCAAUUCACUGGAUUCCUUUCUUCCCAGGCCACAUCUCCAAGUUUUGACAUUCUAAAUUACAAAAUUGACUCCACUGCUCGUAUUGCAUUCCCAAAAAUGAGUCGUGUUGUCCUUGCGGAGACUCUCAAGUUUAACCAUCUUGCUCUUGAAGUUGAACAUCAGGCAUCUGUAACUCUCUAUGGCCAAUCAGCCCAGGCCCAAGGCAAAACUACAAUUAAGGUUAUGACUACACCUUACACUGCUGACUUCAUGAACACAGCCUUUUUUGCUAUGGCGGAGGGAAUGACUUCCUCUCUCGAUACCACUUACAAUCAUGUAGUGGACCUCCCAAUUGUUAAUGUCAGGAGUGAGGCUACUGUAACCCAGAAAGCAAUUGCUCGCCAAGAUGGCUUCACCAUCACGUUAACAGUUGACAAUUCAGGCACUGGCAAACUCAAUGCUGAUGAGGGCAACCACAAGAGCAACUUGCAAUUGUCACUCACUCCCAGCCUUGUCACAUUAACUUUCUCUGGAGACACAGACUCAGCCAUCUUAAAGAUGAAACAGCAAAUUACUGCUGAAUCUAGCCCCCUUAGCUACUUAAAGUUUAACCUCCGCAAUGAGGCAGAGGCACCAAUAAUUAAGAACAGUCUUGUUGUGGCAUCUGGACAGGUCAACCUUUAUGAUAUGAAAGCUGAGCUGAAUGCAAACCAUGACACAGAGCUGUAUGGUGCAGUCACUGGAGUCCUGUCAAAUGGAAUCAACAUUGUAGUCCGUCCUGUUGAGUUUGUCUUUGAAUUCCAAAACAAAGGAAAUGCCAAGGUCAACAUUUUUGAAAGUCUGAUUGCUAAGAUAGAUCUGCAGAAUGAUUACUCAGCCACCUUUAAACCUAACAGCCAACAGAUGAACACGGUAUCUCUGGCUCGUCUUAAUCAGUACAAAAUAUUCUACAACUUCACUGUUGACAAUAGUGAAAAUGAGGCUGGCAUCUUUGUUGCAAUGGACAGUGAGGCCAAUCUUGACUUCCUGACAUACCCUAUCAGCAUUCCUGAGAUUGACCUGCCUUUUGUUGACUUCCGUACUCCAGCUAUUAGUGAUCUGAACUUGUAUGAGCAGACUGGAUUGAAGAACAUUUUAACUACCACUGAGCAGUCUGUGGACGUGGAUGCCAAGAUUGUUUACAAGAAAAGCCAGGCUGCCCCCCUUGUUGAUAUGAUGGGUUUAAUCCAGAUUCCAUCUAUGGGUAACCUGAUCACAGAGCUGUCUGUCAAGUCUGCCAUCAUUAAUCUGAAUGCCAAUGCUGGACUGUAUGCUGAGGAUGAUCUUGUGUUCCGUCUGGGAGCUACCACAGCCUCUGUGUUUGAGGGUCUUCAAGCCAAACUUGAUGGCACCACCAGUCUGACCACCAAGAGAGGAAUCAAGUUGGCCAAUUCCCUGUCACUUGAAAAUCGUCACAUCGAAGGCACUCAUGACAGCUCCAUCAGCAUGAGUACUGAGACUUUUGAAACUGCCAUCUCUGUGGCUACUGUUGCAAAGAUUGCCCUGCCUAUACUCAAUCUGGACGCAAACCAAAAUUUGGUUGCAGACACCAAAACCAAAGCAAAUGCUGUCUCCACCUUCAGGAUUAAGGGUGAUUUAAAUCUCCCUGUGAUCAAGGCUGUUGGAAAGGCUGAAGCAGACCACAGUCUGAAGCUGGAGGGAAGCUUUGAGUAUGUUUCCAUAGAGUCAUCUACUAAGGCCAACAUGGAUGGCACAGUGCUUGAAGACUAUCUACUUUUGGGAGUCCUGGAUAAUGACGCUAAUCUGUAUCUGAAUAAGGAUGGCCUACGCUCCACCUCCAAGGUUAUUGCUGAUACCAAGCUUAACCAAGGCGCCACCAAAGUCAUGGGCAUGGAUGUAAAUGAGAAUAUUGCUGUUGAAGCCUCCCUGAGCCGUGUGUAUGCAGUGCUGAAGUACACUGGCAACAACGAGGCAAACCUGUUUGAUUUCAACACCAACGGGAAGCAUGUUGUCCAGGCUACCAUUGAUCUUGCCCCAACCUCUUCCUUGACUGCUGAUAUUGAGAUUAAUUUGUCUCAGCCAAGCAGCCUGGGUGACCUCACCAUCUUUGAGAAAACUGUUGCUGAGGUGACAGCGGCAAAGCAGAAGAUCUCCACCAAUGGCAAGUUUGUCAGCCCACUGUAUACCACAAAUCUGGCAGCUGAAGUAGAGGGUGAUGCCUCUGUCUUCAAAGUUAUCUUAAAGUCCUCUGCCACCUCGGUCAUUGUGCUCUUGGAAUAUGAUAUGGAUGCUUCUACUACUGUGACCUUUGAGAAUGAAGCUCUGACCAUGGCCAGCAAAGUUGUCCUGACACAUGCUGAAAUGACCAUGGAUGUCAGUCAUGUUAUUACCCAAGCCUUGAGGAAAAAGCGCCAGGCUGAUAACAGUUACUCUCACCACACCCUGAAUCUGGACAUCACCAGUCCUACUUUCACUGAUGCGAACCUUCGUUAUGCUGCUCGCAGAGAUGGUAUCAGUGCUUCAGUAUCUACCCCUUCCACUGGCUUCCUGGGCCUUCAAUUCAAUUGCAGAGUCCCAUCUCAGAUGAUGGCAAGGGUCUAUGGUCGUUAUCCUUCUGCCCCAGAGGUUGAUGUUGACAUCUUGGUCAUCAAAUCAUCUUCUAAGGAUGCUGACAAGACGGACCUGCAGAUUGCCUACAACAUGGAGGCACCAAAAGUAAUGCUCAAUGAAUUCAAGAUGAGAAUCCCUUCCAUCAUCUCUACAUUCACAAUGUUUGCUGACAAGUACCAGAUCACAAGCAAUAUGGAAGAGUUGAAAAACUCAGUUGUCAACCACAUCAGCGAGGCCUAUAAUGCUGCAAUCAACUAUGACACUCAAUUAAGCCAGGUGUCAAUUUUCUUCAGGAACAUAAUUGUCCAGUACCAGAAGACUCUUCAGGUAUUUUUGGAUGCUGUCGUCAAGGUCUUGAGGGAAACCCAGUUCAAACUGCCUGGGUCUGAUGAGAUGACCACUCUCCCUGAGGUCCUGAGGAAGCUGACCAGCAGCAUUGCUGCAAUGUUAGAUAAGACCCUCCAGGCUAUCAAAGACAACAUGGAGGUCUACUACAACUCUUUUGUUGAGCAGAUCAGCAGUGUGAAAUUGCGCAUGCCAGUUGGUGACGCAAUCACUGGAGGCCAGAUCUUGGAUCAGGUCAAAACAGCUUUUAAGAACAUCUUCGAUGAACUGGUGGACUUUGUGAAAAAUAUGGAAAGUCUUGACACAAUACUAGUGAAGAUGGGUGAGACCCUGAAGGCUGUUGUUGAGAAAUCUCAGGAGUUUGUUGACUCUGUCAAGUCUGACUAUUUAGAUGCAGUAUUCAUCAACAUCAAUGCCCUCUAUCGUAACCUUGUCACCGUCUUAAAGAAUGUUGUUGACCAGAUCUCUGCCCUAAAUAUGGAGCAGCUAAACAAUUCAUUUGAGAACAUCAUUGACAUGUUCAUUUAUGUAGUGGAUCAGUUCAAUAACACUGUUUAUGGUUUCCUGCAGCAAGCUUCAGAGGAGGCUCAAGCCUACAUGAAAGUUAGUGAAGGAAGGCUUGAGAUUGACCUUCCAUUUUCCUUCCAGCAGUGAGAAACCCUCAGACUGAGGCCUAAGUUCAAAUGAAACACUACCAUCUGUUCAAAACACAUGCUUGGAAGAAGUAUGGACAAUUUGCUCUUUAACCAUAUUUAUAACAAUGAGUUCAACAGAAACACCUGUUGUAUCAUUUUCAUUGAGAUGGUUUAUUGUGUACAAACAUUGAAAAUAUAAAAUUGUAUUGAAACUCACCUUCCUGCAACAAGAAAACAUCAAUAAAAUACAUUAAUGCAA